AUGAACGAUCAAGGCAAAGUGGCGGUGGUAAUCAAGUACGACGACACCGGGGAUCCUCAUAUAACUUUGUACGCCCCGAUACCCUUGAGUCAGAACGAACAGACUAUUCCCGCUCUCUAUCUCUCUGCAUGUGAUAAUGUUUUUCCUUACUUACAGUCUCUGUACACUAAAGACACCUCGAAUACCUCGAGCGCAUCCACUGAUGCCGCGACUUGGGCUUUGAGCUUUCUAGCAGCUGCCAAUUUCCCGAUUCCCGAGUCUUGGCCAGUAGUUCCUCAUAGUAUCUCUGUUUCCUCACAAGCACCUAGUGCGACCUCGAAAUUGUCAUUUUCUCCUUCUGUUUUGCCUUACAAUAUUUCUUUGAUUUCUUCUCCAAACCUCGUAAAUGCCCCGAUAAAAUCCCAGAACUCCUACAAUACCGUUUCAUUUGAUUUGGACUUACAAGAAUUGACGCCCGUAGAUGAUGACAGCAAUGAUGAAGACGAAGAACCGAUAUACGAAUCAUUCGCAGGCACAAAGAAGAAGUAUAAACCAGUCACCUUGAAGACUCGGCCAGUCCUCGGGGCCGUUGACGAACAGUUUUGUAUUUGUCGCAACAUCAAGGGCGAUCCCCUCGGAACCAUGCCGACACUCUCGAAGCACCCGCCACCGUUCGUGCCUACCGGCUGA